UACUGAUAAUUUUUAUCCUUAAAGAAGAUAUUUUGUAAAAUUUUUAGUAAGCUAGAAUAAUCUAAGAAAAAUGUUAUGGGGAGCUUACAUGAUUUUAUCUGUACUUUUAUUAUUAAUUUUAAUAGAAAUACAAAUAAAAUUUUGCUAUAGGGAUAUUAAGUCCUCUCCAGAAAUGUCAAUCUAUACACAACCCUAGACCAAAAAACGUACCGUGCAUAUGACAGUUAUCAUUAUACUUUAAGCAUUAAGUACUUUAAAAGAUAUUAAGUAUAUAUCGAUUGAAAAAAAGUAUUAAAUGUCGAUUUGACAAUUAGAAUUUUAAUUAUUUGUUAGUAUGCACAAAAAAAGGUUUAAUUUUAUCAAAACGGAGAGGAUAAUUGUAUUUAUAUUAUUACUAUUAUUAAUGGUCACACUGUGUUUUUGGUUUUAUUAUUAUUUUCCAUCAACUAUCGCUUCUACAAUAUUCUGCAAUUAAGCAGCUGAUGACUUUUUUCUCUAGUCAUGAACAUAUAAGUUAGUCCGUUGAAUACGUCAAAUAAUUGGUAAACCAUUUUAUAGAAUUGCUCCUUUUAUAAUGUGUUCAAUGCGUUAAUGAUUAAUUGUCGUGAUAAUUUAUAUUUUUAAUAGUUAUUAUUUUUCAGUAUCUAACUACAAAAUAACAAAACAAAAAAGUUCUAUCGUUUAAUAUAAACAAAUAUAAAUUUAAAUACAAAAAAGUAUUUCUACUUUACAAUGUCAUUUUGUGAAAGAAUUAAAAAACUAUGUCGGAUAUGUGGUGACAUCGGUUCGAUGAAUAUAUUUGGAUCUCUUGGACAAUCGUUAGAUUUGGCUGAAAAAAUUAAUAAUUUACUACCAAUUCAAGUAGCAAUUAAUGAUCGUCUAUCAUCUAUGGCAUGCGAGAGCUGUGUAAAUCAGAUUACCACUAUUAGCCGGAUUGUUAAAACAGGCAUUGAAACAAAUGAGCUUAUGAUGAAGUUUUUACAAGUUAAAAAUAAAGAAAAUUUGGCACUUCUGGAAAAAAUAAAGGCAUUAUGUCGUAUCUGUGGUAAUCCUGGAUCGAUAAAUAUAUUUGAAUACAAUACUCGACAAAAAUCAAAUCUGUUGGCUGAUAAAAUAAAUGCUUUUUUGUUGCUACAUGUUUCACCUGAUGAUGAAUUAUCAUUGAAAAUUUGUCAAAAAUGUGUUAGUCAAAUAGAAGAUGUUUAUCCAGUGUUUGAAUUUUGCUACAACACAACUAAACUUAUGUCAGCAAUAAUAGGAAAUUCUGAAGUAGAACUACUUAAAAAUGAUGUUUUAACAAAGAUGACAACAAUGAAAGUCAACAAAAGAUGCAAUAAAAAUAACAUUUUUGAUCAGGAAAAUAAAGAAAAUUAUAACUUUAAACUAGAAACUUAUGUCAGAAAUGGAAGACCAUAUGCAAAGAAAAACUUCUGUCACAUGACACGUGAAUCUUUUGACAAAAAAAAUAAGACUCAAUGUUUGCGCUGUACACUAACAUUUAAUGAUGGUAAAAAUUUAAGACAACACAUUCUCAUGAGUCAUAAUUUAAAAAAAUUAGAUUGUCAUCACUGUUUCCGUCGUUGUUCUAAUACAUCUGAAUUUGAAAAUCAUGUAAAGCUACACUACCCAGAACAUUAUUUUCCCUGUGAUUUAUGUAUGUUUUGUUUUGAUAGCCUACACAAUUUAGUACAUCAUAUAAAAGCCCAUAACUUACCUGGCAUUAAAGGUUGGGCCUAUGCCUACAAUUUUGCAAAUAAUACAGAAGAAUAUACCUGUCAAUAUUGUAACAAGAAUUUUAUGUCAGAAGUAUCUAAACUUUAUCAUGAAAGAACUCACUAUAUGAAUUUUAUGUGUGAAAUAUGCGGUAAACAGCUUCCUAAUAAAUCUCAAUUAGGUGUACAUCAACGACAACAUACAGGUGAAAGACCAUAUCAAUGUUUUAUUUGUGAUUCAUCAUUUAAGUGCUUAUCAACAUUACGUCAACAUGAAGCUAUACAUACUGAAAAAAAAUAUUGUUGUGAAGUCUGUAUGAGAAAGUUCAGUCGACCCGAAAAAGUUAGAAUACAUAUGAGAGUACAUACUGGUGAAAAGCCUUAUAAAUGUGAAGUAUGUAAUAAGAAAUAUCAACAAAAAAAUGAUUUAAACAGACAUGUUAAAAAGAAACAUAUGGAAACAAGAUUUUUUUAAUAUUACUUUUUCUUUCUUCUAAAUUUUAUUUACAUAUUUUUUUAUAUUAAAGUUUAAAUAAGGAAUUUAAUAUAUUUAAGGAUAAAUUUUAAAAUAUGAUCAGUUGCGUAAAACAGUAUUACUUCAUUCACUAUACCAAAUAAUAUAACUUUUGUUUUUCAAGUUCUAUAGGUUUGAUGUAAUUAACAUUAUUAUUAUCAUUCUAUUAAUUAUUAUGUAAUUAUUUUUUUUUUAUAUAUAUAAAGAAAAUUGAUUAAUAAUUAAA